AUCACGGAUUUUGAAGCAUUUGCAACACCUUAAUUUACACCUUAAGUUUACAAUAAAAUAUGAUGAAGGGUACCUAGCAUUUACCACAGGGUGGCGUAAUUAUGUAACAAAUACGAGGAGUAACAAAUACAAAUAGUUUAUUUCAUUGUGGUUUGGCUGAACAUUAUUUAGCGAACUGGCAUUUCACAAUGCUUGUCCAAAAGUAGCCUAUUUACGGUGUUUUGUGGAACGGACGGGCUCCUCCGCAGUUAUCGUUGCAAACGUAGGUUUGAUCAUUCGCGAUUUUCGACAAGCGCUCAUUUUUAUUAUAUGGCGAAGCCAUGCACGAAGUUGUCAAGAGCGCUAUAUUGUAAACACCGUAGUCACGGUUCUGCAGUUUUUAGAAGACGUCCACGCAAGUUACCUGACCGCCACCGCUGCAUUGUCCGCAGCGCUGGUUCUGUUGUUUUCCUGGUCGGUCCAUUUAUUUAGUGCAGUGGCUACGAAGACCCAAUGCCACUUUCACGUCCUUGUUGACGCAAGAAAUAUGAUAAUUUCUGUGGCCACGACAAUAAAUGCUAUAUGAUUGCCCAUUGUCCAUCCUUGUGUAACCUAGGUGUUGCGAUGCGAUAACCGAAUACUUCCGAUUGUUAACGGAAAUGAUCGAAUGUUAGUUCUCCGAUGCAUUCCGGGCAGAGCCGAAGUAAACCCCGGAAGUAUUUUUUCACGUAUUGUGUGUCGUGCGAGUCAGGUCUACAAUGGGGGGGUUAUUACAAUGAGGCAAAUAAAACCUUAUUAAUGGUAUUGCAAGAAGUGGUAAUUAAACGGCGAAUAGGACCAGAAAUAUACGGCGCCGGGCUCUGGAUGCUGUUGUGUCGCCUCCCUGACGCAGGCCCCUGGAGCAGGCAGCAUGUCACUGUGAGGCCAGGAAUCUGAGGGAAGAAUGCAGUCUUCAGGCCACCGGCUGCGCGAUGUUGAGCAGCACCACCCCCUGCUGGGUGGGGAGGAGGAGUCUGAGGCGGGGGCGGGCCCCGGGGGGGAGGGCGAGCGGGUGUGGUUCAUCCAGGACGGCUGCGGCAUGGUGUGCGCCUUCAUGACCUGGUUCCUGGUGCUGUACGCCGACUUCGUGGUCACCUUCGUCAUGCUGCUGCCGUCCAAGAACUUCUGGUACGCGCUGGCCAACGGGGUGGCCUUCAACUGCCUGGCCGUGCUGGCUCUGACGUCACACCUGCGCACCAUGCUGACCGACCCGGGGGCGGUGCCCAAGGGCAAUGCCACCAAGGAGUACAUGGACAGCUUGCAGCUGAAGCCCGGGGAGGUCAUCUACAAGUGUCCCAAGUGCUGCAGCAUCAAGCCGGAGAGAGCCCACCACUGCAGUAUUUGUAAGAGAUGCAUCCGGAAGAUGGAUCACCACUGCCCCUGGGUCAAUAACUGCGUGGGAGAGAACAACCAGAGGUUCUUUGUGCUCUUCACCAUGUAUAUAGCCCUGAUUUCUACCCAUGCCCUUGUCCUGAGUGGGUUCCAGUUUUUCACCUGUGUCAAAGUCCAGUGGAGUGAGUGCAGCGACUUCUCCCCGCCGGUCGCCGUCAUGCUCAUGAUCUUCCUGUGCCUGGAGGCGCUCCUCUUCCUCACCUUCACCGCCGUCAUGUUCGGCACCCAGAUCCACUCCAUCUGCAACGACGAGACGGAGAUCGAGCGGCUGAAGAACGAGAAGCCCACCUGGGAGCGGCGCGUGCGCUGGGAGGGGAUGAAGACGGUGUUCGGCGGCCAGCCGUCCCUGCUGUGGAUCAACCCCUUCGCCGGACUGCGUCUGCGGCGCCUUCUGAUGACACGGUCGCGCAAGGGCGGGCCCGAGUUCUCCGUCUGAGGACGUCCCACCCCCACCCCACCCCGCACCCCCCGCGGGGCGGCGCCCCCCCCCCCCGCCCCCGGUCAGCCACCUCCCCUUACGCACCCGUGCGCUCUCACUCCUGCCAGGGGUGCUCGGGGAAACGCAUCAAAGGGGUGGGGGAGGGGGGAGGGGCGUUGCCAAGGGAACCUUCAGCUGGUACCGCCCUCGUCGAACAACAGGGAGAAGUCGGCCUGCAUGUAUUGCAGUACCUCCAGAUGUAUACAUUAAUCUAUAUAAAUGUACAAAUAUAUAUAUAUCCACACAUAUUAAUACACAGAUUAUCUUGUACUGGACACUUCUUUUGUGUUUUGCCUUUUAAGUAAACCUGCAGUAUGAAACUAAAGGAACAAGAGACACUGCUCAUCGGACUGUCAGAGCUGGUGAGGUGAUGGUAAUGGGCUUAUGGUAUUAAACACUACAUAAAGCCUUUAUUAUUAAUCAGGGUGGGAGACAGGAUGUCACUCGUGAGAAGAAGAACAAAGAAGUUUUGGGCAUUGGAGAGCUACCCCCCCUGCCCCCACCCCCGCCAUGCUCCCUUUAAUGACUCUUUAGCUGAGGAUCCAGCCAGUUUCGAUGUUGAUGCUGCCUCUUUCCCAUCUGUCCCAACGGCUGGAGCCCCCCGGUGUGGGGGAGCACAGGGCAGCCGUCCGGGGGCUCACUGGAGGACCUAUGGGACAUGGAACCUGAUUAACCACUACGACUGUCCCCCCUCCCGCCCCCCCACCCCGCCACCCCCGCAUCCCCCCACCCGCGCCCCAGGGGAAACUGCUGAUUGUGAUUUUUUUCUUUGUUUUUAGAUUUUAAACUUUUUCAAAAAUGUUUUUUUGUGAUUUUCUUUUUUUUAUUUUUAAUUUCGCAUAUCAUGCUGGCCUCAGUAAUGAAACAGUUUUUAGAAUGCUUCUGCUGGAGAAUAAUUUUAGAUCACCACCCGCAAUGACAGUGUAUAUUGGGGGGAAAAUUAAACCGUGGGAUUUUUUAAUCAUCACAUCACAGUAUUUCUUUCCAUCCUUCUUGUACAUGUAUUUUCCAUCUUAAAACAAUGUACAUAAUUACAUAUUUCUUUGCUGUUUUGGGGGGGCAGAGACAGAGGAGGUGAGGAUGAUGAUGAUGAGAGUUCGUUCUCGGUUACCCAUGACUGUCUUCCCGCAGCCAUGCCUGGCGAUGCUGUGGUGGGAUGGGGGAAGACUGAGGUGCCCGUCCGCGGUAGGCUCUGGGUCCGUUUCUGAGCCGGGGCAGUGCUGAUGUAGUGGGACGGCGUGAAGUAAGGGACACGCUGCCCCCCUCCGCCCGACCUGACUUGGGUUUUUAAUGCCGCCGGUGCUAUGCCAGGCUUCCCAAUGCCGUCACAUGGAAACCGGUUUUGUCAUGCAAACGCUGGGGGCCUGGCAGUGAUGGGCAGCUGUGCAGAAAGAAAGAAGUCCUCUGCUCAGAAUCUUUAAACGGGGGGGGGGGAACCACACAGGACGGUCAAAAACAAACGCUGGAGGAACACUGCACAAAAGGCCCUCCCUGCCCAUUGAAGCCGAUGGGAGGUCCCGCACAGGGACUGCUUUGUGCUGUCCAGGAAAAGCCCUGCAGAAAACUUGCAUGAAAAGGUGUUUUUUUUUUUUUUUAAUUACCAAUUGGGCCCCUCAGGCACACAGGGCCUAGCUGGAUCUACAAAUUCACCAGUAUUCACCAGGUUUUUAAAAGUUUCCGUGUGAACAGCUAUCUCUGACAGCUACGGGAGGCAUCUUCUGUGUCCCCAGAGGACCUGGAGACGUGUCUGGCUGAGAAUCAUGUGUAUUUUCACCGGAGUCAUCAGUUGGGGCAUUUCUAACCAAAGCAUUAUGGGAUAUUUUAUGGAGUAAAUUAACUUGCAGUCUAAUCCCACCAGCAAGCUCAGCAGCUCCCCUCUCUCUAUCGCUGUCAGUCUGAACGACCCUUUCCCCUUCUCGUGUUUUAUCUCCUGUCUCUUACAGCGGGUGGAAGUGUUGUCAGAUUGGGUACUCCUGUUUCAGUGCUCCACCGUCUGAAGCGGCUAGCGAAUUAAUUGCCUGCACCGUUAUCAUAGUCAUUUGAUAAAGGCCAAAUAACUUAACUUGUUAGUCCCUGGAAAUAUGUGUGCAUGCGUUUUAUUUAAAAGAGAUGUCAGCCGUCAAUGCCAAACUUGUAGUCAGUCUGUAAGUGAAUAGAUGCCUAAAAUCACUUUAAUGAUAUGAUGCAAUCAGUUUUAUUAAUAGUAUAGCCUCUGAACAAAAUCUUCAUGUCUUAUAUUGAACGCUGCAAUUAUGAAAAUAAUGGAACUUUUUUGGGGUGUGGGGAGGGGAGGGGGGAGGGUUAUUCGGUGAAAUUAAAUUCUUUGUAGACUUUUUAGAAGGUGGACAGGGUCGACCCCUAAGGGAAUGUAUCGGAGGAAACUGGCCUUUUAUUUAAAUACUGUCAUGAGAAUGUAUGGCAUGUGAUUAAAAAUCUGUUGUCAAAGGCAGUUAACAAUGCAGGGAAUUCAUCAUGGUUUUAUUCAGUCAUCUCAUGAACACAAAACCUAAUAUGUUUUCCACUUAACAAAGCAAGAGAAGUGCACAUUUUCCGAAACUCUUAAAAGUCUCCUUUUACUCGGCAUGUGCUGUAUAAAUUCUUGUCGGAGGUCCAGAGGUCCAAAUCGGGUCCAGAUUGCCCAUAUGUGAAAGCGGCACGCGUGAUCUGUGGCAGAACUGCGCUUAGCCUGCAGUCCGCAGGCACCGUGCUCUUCCAGGCUACUUGCUCAUUCCUGUAGAGCCCAUCAGUCGCGAUGCUGACGCAUAUCUUGGCCGAACAGGACGCGUAUUAAUCAGAACAGAAGUAUGGAUUUGCCUGAAAAUAGAGUAAUCGAUAUGUCAAGCUUUGUAACUGGAAAGCAUACACGGGUUACUUCCGUUAUCUACAGUAUAUCAUUUAACUGGAUUUUUUUUUGUUUUUAAAGAAAUAUCUGUGUUAUAAAUGGUCUUUCUAAUGUGUAGUUCUUUUGCAUAAUAAAGUUGUAAGGUUUGAACGAA